ACAUUAGCCAAGCCAUCCAAAGAAAUAUUAGCGACGCACACAAGCAACUGCCCCUUUAAUAAAAACAGUACUGUCAUCUCUUAACUUUAUGUGUUUUGGAAUUGUAUAGUACUGUUUGAAAGCGGAUAGAUGUCUGAAGUCACAUCAGUGUGAUAUGAUUUUUGUGUCCUGUAGAGGUUUCUAAAAGGGCAGAAGAGGAGGCUGAGACACCAGAUCUCGAGGGUCAGUCUGAAGACAGCAGUGACGAGGGUGAAGCUUCGGGAGACACUGAGAUGGAUUUCCUGCGCAGUCUCUUCUCGCGGACUCUUGGUCUGAGUCCUGGAGAGAAAGUCUUGGAUGAGCUGACCCUGGAUGCGGUCGCCCGCUACAUCCUGAGUGACAAAUGCAAGAACAUUAUCUGUAUGGUUGGAGCUGGAAUAUCUACAUCUGCUGGAAUCCCAGAUUUCCGUUCUCCUGGCACUGGUCUAUACGCCAAUCUGCAGAAGUACAACCUGCCUUACCCAGAGGCCAUCUUUCAGAUCGACUAUUUCAAGAAACAUCCGGAGCCCUUCUUCGCUCUGGCCAGAGAGCUCUACCCAGGACAGUUUAAGCCCACAGUGUGUCACUAUUUCAUGAAGAUGCUGAAGGACAAAGGCCUACUGAGUCGCUGCUACUCUCAGAAUAUCGAUACUCUAGAGAGAGUUGCCGGUCUGGAAGGCGAGGACCUGAUUGAAGCUCACGGCACAUUUCACACAUCUCACUGCGUGAGCUUCCUCUGUCGUAAGGAGUUCUCCAUGGACUGGAUGAAAGAUCAAAUUUUCUCUGAAGAUAUUCCUAAGUGCGAUUCCUGUGGAACCCUGGUUAAACCUGAUAUUGUGUUUUUUGGGGAGAAUCUACCUCCUCGAUUCUUCACUUCCAUGAAAAUGGACUUUCCUCGAUGUGAUCUUCUCAUCAUAUUGGGCACAUCCCUACAGGUUCAGCCGUUCGCAUCACUAGUCAGUAGAGUGUCAAACAGCUGUCCUAGACUGCUCAUCAAUAUGGAGAAAACCGGACAGUCGGAAUUUGGCACGGGGUUAUUCGCUUUUGGAGGAGGAAUGGACUUUGACUCGGAUAAAGCCUACAGAGAUGUGGCUCACCUGAGCACCUGUGAUGACGGCUGCAUGGCUCUUGCCGAACUGCUGGGCUGGAAGGCAGAGCUGGAAGAGAUGGUGAAGCGUGAACAUGCUUUGAUUGACACCAAAGAUGAUAAAAAGAAAGAUAAGGAAGCCAAUCAGAGCUCCAGAAGCACUGGGGCGGAGCCUGGGAAGGCUGACAAGACCGAAUAACCAAUCAGAGCAUGCAGAGGGUUCACAUGGCAGCCCUAAUAGAUCUCCGUAAUUCACUCCACUCUGGCCUUCACACUGUCCAUCAUGUUUUUCUGUUUCUCUGAGCUGUUUUGUCUGUAAUAGCAAUAUAGAUGCUAUAGAAAUGGUACAGAAACCACAUAGAGCUCAGACUGGAACAGUGAGACAGAUAGACAGCAAACACUUUAGCAGAAGUGUGGUGUUCUGCUUUGGCCAAGGGACUGCUCUGACAAAAACAGUUUGUGAAACACAAUUAUAAAAAAACAUAAUGCUUUAAAUGUAAUUUUUUAA